AUGUCCGUGUCCAAAGGAUCCUCCGCUGUCUUCCUCUUCUUGCCAUUGGAGGAGCUGGGUCGGGGAGAUGUGGUGGAGGUUGAUGGAGCUACCAACCAAUCAGCAUCCACAAUCCAAACUACCGAUUUUAUAAUAAGGGAUCUAGACUGGAUUAAAGCUCAUAGGGAGACUGUGGAGGUUUUAUUCGGGUUUCUGUUUAACAAAAUACUCUUGUCUUUGACAGGAGAGAGACCAGACUCUCAUUUUGACAGCGAAAAGAGUCCUUCAUUGGAACCAGACCCAGAGACGCCCAAACCAGCAAAACAACAUCACUGCUCUCAGUGUGGAAAGAGAUUUAUCCAGUCAUCGCAUCUGAAAGAUCAUAAGAGAAUACACACAGGAGAAAAACUGUUCCAAUGCUCUCAGUGUGGAAAGAGUUUUACCCAUUUAGGGUAUCUGAAAUUACACGAGAGGAGGCACUCAGUAGAGAAGCCUUUCCACUGUUCCCAGUGUGAAAAGAGCUUUACACAGUUAGGGCAACUGGAAAAACAUAAAAGAAUACACACUGGAGAGAAGCCCUAUCUCUGCUCCCACUGUGGUAAGAGUUUUACCCAAUCAGGUACCUUGAAAUCACAUGAGAGAACACACUCUGUGGAGAAGCCUUUCCAAUGCUCUCAGUGUGGAAUGGCGUUUGCCCAAUCAGGUACCCUGAAAUCACAUGAGAGAACACACUCUGUAGAGAAGCCUUUCCAAUGCUCUCUGUGUGGAAAGGGUUUUACCCAGAUGGGGAGCCUGAAAAAGCACGAUAGAACACACACAGGGGAGAAGCCUUUCCAGUGCUCUCAGUGUGGAAAAGGUUUUACCCAGAUAGGGAGCCUGAAAGGUCAUGAAAGAACACAACACAUACAGGGAAGAAGCCUUAUCACUGCUCCCAGUGUGAAAAUUAUUCUAACUUAUCCGGCUAGGGCACCUGACAGAACAUAAUAUAACACACACACGGGAGAAGCCUUUCCAAUGCUCCCAGCGUGGGGAAGGGUUUUACCCAGAGAAGCUUGCUGAAAAGCCAUGAAAGAACACAUACAGGGGAGUAGUGACGGGGAAGCGAAGCGUUUAGGUUUUCCAGCCAAUUGUGUCAAAAAUAGGUCCAUUACUCAAUGCUUUGAUCAAUCACUGUGUACACUAUUGGCACCUGCUGGUCUAAACCAUUUAGAGCAGGCUAAUGAUUGUAGAGGACAUCCCACGCCCCACUAUUGGCACCUGCUGGUCUAAACCAUUUAGAGCAGGCUAAUGAUUGUAGAGGACAUCCCACGCCCCACUAUUGGCACCUGCUGGUCUAAACCAUUUAGAGCAGGCUAAUGAUUGUAGAGGACAUCCCACGCCCCACUAUUGGCACCUGCUGGUCUAAACCAUUUAGAGCAGGCUAAUGAUUGUAGAGGACAUCCCACGCCCCAUAGCGGGCGCAUGCGUUUUUGUCUUCUACCAAACCAAUCAGGUGGAAACUAAGCUUGUGACUGUUUUUUGUUUGUCACAUGAAAUCAAAUUAGUAC